CCUGCGACCUGGCUAACACUAACUAGCAGGCAGGACUCCUUUUCCUCUUUAUCUGCGUUCUUUUCGCUUCACCAUGGUCUACGUGAUUUGAGCCAAACGAUCUUAGCCAGCUGAGUCUCCUUGCCAAACAAGCCGUCACGCUACAUGACCCUUUCUCCUAUGGGACUCUUAAACUGUUUCAAGAUCUUUACAUCGAAAAGGGGAAGGUCGACAGCGGAAGGAGUGAAGGACAGUCCUACUGGAGGACCUUCUUCCUCUGCUACCGCGCCAGCCACCUUCCCUAAUGCCCAUCCCGUACCGAGACCUUGCAAGAUUUCGUCAAGUCCCCAGAUUCCGAGACUUACCUCCGAGUCUCUAUCAAAUGAUGAUGACAAGAAGACCAACCCCAAUGACUCUGACAGCCUUACACUGACGGCGAAGAAGGAUGCGGGAGCGAACGACGCGUCUUACGAGAAAGAGGAAUCGCUUCCGCCGACGGUCCCCGCCGAUAAAUCCCCUGAAGACUUGUGGCAAAAGAGCUUUGAGGCCCUGCUAACAGAGGAGCAAGAAAAGCUCAAAGAGCUCAUGGUGACACCGGCCGAGAUCUGGUCAAAUGAGGAGCCAACAUCAUCUACCUUUACUGGUACAGAUGUUCGGACAAUAAUCGAGAUGACUCGGGAAAGGCAGAGGCAAUGGAAUGAUCGAACCUUUAAAUUCAAGAUCCAUGGUCACACGAUCGUCCCUCGAAAGUACACAGGGAGUGUUAUUGAUUGUCUUACUACAGUUGGGGACAUCGGCGUUCAAUUUCUGCCCCAGCCCGCGAGCAUAGUCUGGCCCUUGGUUAAAGGUAUUCUGCAGGUGCCGACCAACGCAGACGCGGAAACCGCAGCUGCAGCCAUGACAGCAGAUAUCCUCAUCCGGAAUAUCAGCUGCGGAAGUGCAUACGAGGAGAUCUAUCGUGGGAAGGUGGUCCUCGGGCGAUGGGAAUUGCUCCGGUCCGCUCUCUUCAAUCUCUAUGUUGCAGCAUUGAAGCUUCUCAUCUUCGCUUCGGAGCGUUUCAAAGAGGGUACUGCCUCUCACCUGAUUGGAGCCUUUUUGAGCCCCCAGAAAGGGCAGAAUCAAGUUACAGAUCUGAAGUCGCGUUAUUCCGAGCUGCUUGAAAUUGUCCAAUAUUGUCAGAAUGAGAUAACUGGCCAAAUGAGUGAGAAUGUUAAUGAUAUUCUCAAAGCACUAGAGAAGUUCCGUGGAUUUGAUUCAUUCGUCGUGGAAAGCUUCGAUACCCUCUUUGAGCGAAUGGAUGAACAACGAGUGUCAGAAAUUCUCAACUGGCUUUCGCCCCACAAGCCAUUUGACCGCCAUAAUCCCAAGAAGAAAGAUCGAGCGGCCGAUACAUGCCAGUGGAUUCUUCAUAAUCCAAUAUUCGAAGAUUGGGAGCGGAGCAUUUCACCAGAGGUUAUCUGGUUGCAAGGGUCCAUUGGCACUGGUAAAAGCUUUUUGACGUCUAUGGUCAUUGAUCAUCUUUUGAAAACCCAAGAGCCUACUGAGGGACUGGCCUUCUACUACUGUGAACGUAGAGGACAGAGCUUUCAAAUAUCAGAUGAUGUGAUCAGGAGCCUUUUGCGCCAAUUGGCAUGCCCACCCGAAAAAGAGUUCCCUAAUAGAAAUAUUAACAAAGAUCUUCAGAGUCUCUUUGCCAGGAUGAAAGAUCAGGAGACCGAACUAGAUAUCGAUACCUGCAAAGAGUACCUGCAUCAGUCAGUGAAUUGGUAUAGCCGAAUCACGGUUGUCCUUGAUGCUCUUGAUGAAUGUGACAAGAGCUCAAGACACAAGCUUUUCGAGGAAAUUAUCGAUUUCUUUUCGACUCAAUCGAGGCAUUCAAUUAGGAUAUUUGUUUCUGCUCGUCCGGAGCCUGAUAUUAUGGCCUGCUUUGAAAAAUUUCCCGUUAUUGCUACCGAAAAUCCGGGUGUCCGAAAGGAUAUCAAAAGCUUCAUAAGAAACAAAAUCACCUACCUUUGGGACGAUCCGUCGACGAGUAUCUCAAAGGAAGUUCAAACAGAGACGAUCGAUACACUCACAGAGAAAAGCAACGGAAUGUAAGCUUCGCUUUUGUAUCCAAGCUAACCGUGCCUCCUCGGACGGGCAAAUACUGAUCCACGAAACAGGUUCCAGUGGGUGAAUUUGCAAAUUGAACAACUCAAGGACUGUAAUAUUGACAGUG